CAGAAGCUGUUUUAUCCAUAAUCAAUUAAUCAAAGAGAGAGAGAGUAAAAUACAGCCAAGCACAACUUGAAAACUGCCAUCUCGCAGAUUCCUAUUCUUGGCUACCCUGUUAGAAGAAAAUAACAUAGCAAUGUUUCCUGUGGAAAAUGUCAAAAAAGCAAAGGCAUUGGUCGUUUCUUCACAUUACUGCAGAACAUGGGAACUGAAGAAUCAACAACAUAUUCCUGCUGCUAUAAUACAUCAUACAAACCUCCCAAGUGUAUAAAAAUGUGGGCUUUUUACAAAAACAAAAAAACAAAAAAGCACACACAUUUUGCAGAAGAAAGAGAACUAAAACAGUGUUGUUUUUUUUUUUUUUCUCCAAUUAUGAUGGUCAUUUAUUCAGCAAUGCCUGUCUCACAGUAAUGAAAACACCCAGAAGUUACAUUCAGAGCAGAGAAAGACCAAGGAAAGUGCUGUGUCAGCCCUAAACUGGCACAAACCUUGACUCAGAUACAUUGUGCACUCCAUCAUUAGGUCCUGGUUGGCAGGAAAUUGUCAUGAACACUUUGUGGGGAGAAAAAGGGUUUCAAGACAGGCAACCUUUGGCAAUAAAACUCUUAAUAACUGUCAGAUCUGACUGGCAUCUGCAGAAAAGCUGUUUGGAAGCAUUUGAAGAGGUUUUUACUGGAUAUGGUAUCAAUACUGCAGCCCACAGUUUCAUUGCUUUAAAGGGAGCCAUGGGUUGCCCACAUUUUUCCCCAUGGUUCCUUCUAAUAAGAAUAUUUCCAGUCUAGGCACAACUAGUUGAUCCAGUUUCAUCUCUUUUGAUUCCUUCUCUGCUUUUCCUCCCUGCAGCUUUUUCUCACCAAUAUAGGUCAGGACAGGCUGCAACCCAGCUCAACCGUUCCCCUUUCCUUCCUCCUCUUAAUGUGAGCAUGAUCAGGCUGCAGAAGGCCUGACUUUCAUAGAAUAGUUUGGGUUGGAAGGGACCUUCAAAGGUCAUCUAGUCCAACCCCCUGCAAUGAGCAGGGACUUCUUCAACUAAAUCAGAGCCCUGUCCAGCCUGGCCUGGAAUGUCUCCAGGGAUGGGGCAUCUACCACCUCUCUGGGCAACCUGGGCCAGUGUUUCACCACCCUCAGUGUAAAAAAUGUCUUCCUCAUGUCUGACCUGAAUCUCCCCUCCUUUAGUUUAGAACCAUCACCCCUUGUUCUAUUGCAACAGGCCAGGCCCUUCUAAAAAGUCUGUCCCCAUCUUUCUUACAGGCCCCUUUUAAGCACUGAAAGGCUGCAAUAAGGUCUCCCUGGAGCCUCCUCUUCUCCAGGCUGAACAACCCCAACUCCAUCAGCCUGACUUUGAUACUAGGAGCAAAGCCCUGACCUAACCAGCUCCCCUUAGAACUGCAAGGCAUUAUCCUCUGAGGCCAGGGGCCAGCCAGCUGCUGCUCUUCAUGGGAGGCUUCAUGGGUGGGAGAAGGCUGAUAUGGGGUACAGCUCUGCAUGCAGCUCUGCCCAACCAUCUGUCAACCAGGCAGGCACCUGGGGGCAGGUGGGAGGUACAUUCAGGGAAGGGAUGCUUCCCAUGACCACACCACUUCACAAAGAGGGGAAGCCAUAUGUGGAGCAGCUACCUACAGUCAUUGGGUUUGUUCAGCCUGGAGGAGACUGAGGAGAGACCUCAUGGCAGCUACAGCUUCCUCACAAGGGGCGGAGGAGGGGCAGGUGCUGAUCUCUUCUCUCUGGUGACCAAUGACAGAAUCUGAGGGAAUGUCAGGAAGAUGUGCCAGGGGAGGUUCAGCUUGGACUUUAGGAAAAGGUUCUUCCCCCAGAGGGUGGUGGAGCACUGGAACAGGCUCCCCAGGGAGGUGUCACGGCCCCAAGCCUGACAGUGUUCAAGCAGAGACUGGACAACGCCCUCAGACACAUGGUGUGAACUUUGGGGUUGUCAUAUGCAGGGACAGGAGUUGGACUCGAUGAUCCUUGUGGGUCUCUUCCAACUUAGGACAUUCUGUGAUUCUAUGAUUCUCUUUGGAGAGAGUGUAGGACAGCAGGAGAUGUCACACUUCCCCAGAUCCCCCCCAUCAGGGCAGGAGGGAGCUGGGGGAGCCCACCUUGCAUUGCCGCUCCACAUUCUUAUGGCCUGAUGACCUUUACAAUAUUUGUGUGCUAAUUGCUUUAAAAAAAAUGCAUUAAAUGAAUCCAUCUAAGACAAAAAUAGGAUAACACAUAUCCUCUCUAUCAGCGAUUGUCAUCACCAUCUGGUAUGGUUUUCGUGCUGUUUGUUCCUGGAGGGAAUUUUUGUCAUACCCUACGGCAGGCCUCUAUCCAGGUGAAUAAAAAAAUGAUAACUUUAAAAAUGAAAAAAAAAAAAAAAAAGGAAUUGCUUAUUUAAAUUGUAAUCUAAGUACAUUUUGUGUUUUAUAAAUCUAAAUUUGAAAUUAAAUUUGAAAUUGUGAGAGGCUUCAUGAAGGUCUAACGUUAUUACAGUGUACUAAAACCAUUCAAAUUCGUUUAAUAGCUACAUUUUUUCUUCCAAAGCUUUAAAGAGAGUCAAACUCAGGAGAAGCCAUUGAAUGAACAUUUCACUGUUGUGUCUUGGAAACGGAGUACUCUCGUUUGUCCCAUGCUGCAGGCAAAACAAUUGUUUUGUUUUCUUCUAUUAAGUAUAAGGACAUGGUCCCUCAGUGCUGGGAAACAGUAGAGGUGGUAAAAAAGCCAAGAAAAUUGUUCUCUUCUUUCUGAAUUAAGAGUAGGUGAGACUGGAAAUUUCUCGAUGUAACUCUUUGAGGACGGACCCAAGUCAGGAGCUGAGUUUCCCGAGUUGGAGGUGUGAUUAGCACACACACGCGUGGACACCAUUUACUACCUGCUGCAGUUUAGUAGGCACAUACAGGUUGCAUUUCACCUACAUGACAAGAAGGUCUGUCCUCUUCUGACAAGUGGCAUCUGCAUUCCCACCCCUAAGCCAAGUGUUUGUUGUAUGUCCACAACUCAUAGCUCUUCCUUCAGGACACUGGUUAUUUUGAGCCCCAUUCUGCAUUAUCUGACUCCCUAAGGCAAAACUUCGAAGACCAGAGGACUAAAAUGUGGAUAUGAUGGCUCCAGACCUGGGAGCAUCGAAGACCUCUUUGAGGUUUUCUGAUCUCCUGGAGAUGAGAAACCAUAAUUUCAUUUUCAGUUCUUUGAUGUAAGACGAGGUUUAUUUUGUUUUAUAGAUUUAGUAAUUUUAAACAAAAAGUGUGCUUCGUCCACUUUUUUCUCUGUCUGCUUUUCUUUCAGUUUGCUUUAAUAAUAAGUUGUUUUAAAAUAACGCUUUUGCAAUUCCGUUGAAUUCUAAAUUCCAAACAAAAUUACAUUGAAAUGAACCAUGAGAAAACAAUAAAUAAGGACUACCGCUUGCCGUUUUUCACUCCAAUAAAAAGUAAAUUUACGAAUCUGAAUGAAGGUACGUGGUACAGUUAUUUGCUUUGAUGCAUGUAUAGCAUAUCCCACUGGAGAGCAAAAAGAAGUAUAAAAUCUCAUGCAAAGUCACAUUCCAUUGUAAAUCAUUGAGAUAUAAUGGCUAGUAGUCAGCAGGUAUCAGUCUGUCUUUAAGACAACAAUUCUCUCAUAUAUGAGAAUAAGAAUGGCUAUUUAAAACACAUUUUAAAUGGGUGUUUUUGAUCAUUCUGAAUUCAAGCUGUCCUGUAUUGCCUUUAGCUAUGUUCACAAAAAUAUCCAGAUUUUAUUCAUACUGCGUCUCCUUCUUCCCCUUGGAUAUGUCAUGUUUUUUUGGAGUAGCAAGGAGGGUGGAGAACUGGGAUUAAAACCAUGGAAUUAAGAAAGAGACUGUUUUGGUUUGCUGUAAAUGUUAUGUCCUACCAGUGAAGUAAGCAAGGCUAGGGAAUAGUCUUCCAAGGGAAGUGAUGAAAACUGCAAUAUUUAAGACAUUUACAACUGGACUGAACAAAGCAUUUACAACUGUGCAGGGAUAGUUUAGAUGACCUAAUUGUGGGGUUGUUUCUCUUUUUUUUCUUUUUAAGAUUUUACUGUGAUCAUUGAUUCAGAUCUUCAUAGAGUUAUUUCCACUAGAGGAGUUUUUAUAUUUCCUUUGUGAAUAAAAUGUCAAGUGUUAAAAAUAGAUACUUUAAAUUUCUAUCAAGGCAUCUUAAUUUUUUUUUUUAAAGCAAUACUUUCCCUAUAGACAGUUGGUGUUUUAUUUUAUUUUCAGGAAGAUCAAGACCCUUUGAGCUUAAAAUUAACUGAGGGCAGAAUUAUGAGGACAUAAAACGUUGAAAAUGUUGAUAUUCCUAACAUCCCCUAGAACUGUACAGAAAUAGGAUAAGGCUGGAGCUUUUCACAUCUUGUUCUGACAGUGUUUUGCACUGUAAUAAGAACAGGCUGAAAUCAGUCAGCCAGUAUCCACCCAAUCUCUUGUGUUCAAAGCUGUAAAAUAAUCAAGUGUUGGCUUCCAUCCAGUGUAUCUCCAAGCGUGUUCAGGGUUGAGAGCAAGACAAAUAAAAAUUACCCCUCUGUCAGCAGUAACAUCCAGAAGCCUCUGCAGUGAUUGCUGAGAAUGUUUAUUGCCACCCUGAUCCUUGGGGUAUAUGUAUAUGCUGGGCUAAAUUCUGCCCUGAUUUUCACCAGCGUGCAUCCAGAGCUGCUUUAUGAGGUACAGCAAAGUUGGCUGGGACUGAACAACUCAAAGUGAGAACCGGCCUCUUGGCUUCUCCUCCCUGUCUACAUGUAACUAGAUUUUUAGAACUUUACGUAAUUAAUAAGGCAAAUCGUGUCUGCUUGAGGACCUUUCAGAAGAACAAACAAACCUUCUGGGUUAUUUUUUUUUUUCUUUUUUUCACAUGGCUACAGAAGUCUGGGUGAUACUCUCCAAGUAGAAUGAUUGUCGUGUUCAUGGGAAGAAUUCAGAAAACACUUGCUCAUGUAUAGGUUCACAUCUCAUUUUAAAUAAAUAAAUAAAGUGCAGAUGCUGAAAAGAUUAUCAACAGUCUUAAUGACAGCAUUAUGAUGGUAUCAAAACACCCCAAAUGAAAUCAAGUCCUUUCUUCCUAUGAGCUCUUUAAGCACAGCAGCAGAAGGAGGGUCUCUCUGAGGAGUCUGCAAGCUAGAGACAAGACUGGCAAAGAAAGCUGUGGAGUCCCUGUUUUGCACCUAAGGAAUUGGGGCACUGUGACAUUAAGCAAUUUGUCCAGAGGCACACAGCGAUUAGGGGCAAAGCAGGGGACCCCUGCUAGCACUUCUGAUCCCCCAGGCCUGGGAACACAUCCCGGCCUCAGACCCAGUCCAUGCUGGGACAAGAUGUGCUGAUGCCCUCUCCCUUGCUUGCCCUUGUCACCUUGGAAAGGAGGCUGAACUAGGUGGCAUAUGACCUAGAUGGCAGCUGCAGCAACGUCUGCUCAGGUCCCUGAUCUUAAUGGCUGGAAGACGACAGCUCAGUUCCUCUCUGUAAGCAGCUUGGAGGUAGCCAGAGGGACAAACUUGGCAGGUCCUUCUAGGUGGACCCAGCCCCAGUGAAAUGGCAAGCUGCAGGACCAGGGUCCCUCUCUCCUGUUAAUACUGCACAGAUGAGUAUGAACCAUAGUUUUUUUAGUCUAUCAGUCUAAAAAAAGUUUUACCAGUCCCCACUCUUCUCCUUUAUGGAUGAUUUUACUGUUGUCACCAUAUUUCUAUUUCGUCUUGCUCUGAGAACCUCCUCAGAGCCUGUGUGAACUUUCAAGAUCCUGCACAUACCCAGGAGAUGGACAGAGCUGCUUCACCUACAGGCUUAAUGCCAACCUGAUAGACUUGACCAGAGUGUCCAGAGACAGCACAAAGGGGCAAGCAAAGCUUCCAUCUCUCCACUGGACUUUAAAGGGGACCCAAAGACAAGAGCAGGAGGGCUUCGCGUAACAAGUCUGAGAAGAAGAGGCGUGAUCAGUUCAAUGUUCUCAUCAAAGAGCUCAGCUCCAUGCUUCCAGGCAACACUCGCAAAAUGGACAAAACUACUGUGCUGGAAAAAGUCAUUGGUUUUCUGCAGAAACACAAUGAAGUCUCGGCACAGACGGAGAUUUCUGAAAUUCAGCAGGACUGGAAGCCUUCAUUUCUCAGCAAUGAAGAAUUCACCCAGCUGAUGUUGGAGGCAUUAGAUGGCUUCAUUAUAGCAGUAACCACAGGUGGAAGCAUCAUCUAUGUGUCUGACAGCAUCACACCUCUUCUAGGGCAUUUACCGUGUGAUGUCUUGGAUCAGAAUUUGUUAAAUUUCCUCCCAGAACAAGAACAUUCAGAAAUUUAUAAGAUGUUAUCUUCUUGUAUGCUUAUGACGGAUUCUACAUCAUCAGAUUACCUAAAAACUGACAAUGAACUAGAGUUUUAUUGUCAUCUUCUGAGAGGAAGUUUGAACCCAAAGGAAUUUCCAACAUAUGAAUACAUAAAGUUUGUAGGAAAUUUUCGGUCUUACAGCAAUGUGCCUAACUCCACUUGCAAUGGCUUUGAUGAGGCUGUCCCAAGGGUUUACAGAACAUCGCCAGGAAAGCAGGUCUGUUUCGUUGCAACUGUUCGUUUGGCAACGCCUCAGUUUUUAAAGGAGAUGUGCAUUGUGGAGGAACCUCUAGAGGAAUUCACAUCAAGACACAGUCUGGAAUGGAAAUUUUUAUUCCUGGAUCACAGAGCACCGCCGAUUAUAGGAUACUUGCCUUUUGAAGUGCUGGGUACUUCUGGCUACGACUAUUACCAUAUAGAUGACCUCGAGCUGCUAGCAAGGUGCCAUGAACACUUGAUGCAGUUUGGCAAGGGGAAGUCGUGCUGCUAUCGGUUCCUGACCAAAGGACAACAGUGGAUCUGGCUCCAGACCCAUUACUAUAUCACCUACCACCAGUGGAACUCCAAGCCAGAGUUCAUUGUGUGCACACACAUGGUGGUAAGUUAUGCAGAUGUUCGGGUGGAGAGGAGACAGGAGAUGGGCUUGGAAGAAGUGUCCUCAGAGGUUGUGUCCUCAGCGCUAAAGGAAAGUGGCGCCAGCUUGGAUCCUGAACAGCACUUUAAUGCACUUGAUAUUGGUGCCUCAGUCCUCAGCGCUAGUCGGACACCCUCAGUAUCAUCCAGGAGCUCACCAAAAUCUUCCCAUACACCCAAGUCAGACCCAGCAUCUACACCAACGAAGCUGAUUGCAGAGUCAAACACUCCCUUGCCAAGAACACCGAGCACACAGCAGGAUUUAUCCGUGCAUAGACUCAGUCAGCCUACUACUCUUCAGGUUUCUUCGCCUUCUCAGCCUCCAUGUGAGCUUCUCGCACAGCAGCUGCUGCCUCAAGCAGCUCUGCAAACUCAGCCUGCACCUCUGGCACAGUUCUCAGCACAGUUCAGCAUGUUCCAGACCAUCAAGGACCAGCUAGAGCAGCGGACCCGGAUCCUGCAGGCCAACAUUCGGUGGCAGCAGGAGGAGCUCCAGAAGAUACAGGAGCAGCUCUGCCUGGUCCAGGACUCCAGCAUACAGAUGUUCCUACAGCAGCCAACAGUUUCUCUGAGCUUUAGCAAUACGCAGCAGCCAGAGCCACAACAGCUACAGCAGAGGUCAGGAGCCAUUUCUCAGCAGCAGCUUGUCCCCAGUCCUCAACUUCAAGGGCAAACUGUGUCUUCGCAAACAGCGAACCAGCAAGCGCUGAGAGAAGCAAGCGUGAUAUCCAGCCAGGGCCCGAAGGCGCCGAGGAGCGCGGAGCUGACGCCGGGCGGCGGCCGCUCCCCCCGCGCCGCGCCCCCGCCCUUCGCCACGGCCCCCGCCGGCGGCACCGCGGCUCCCCCUGCCGGCCCGCCCGCCCCCGGCUGCAGCCACGACCAGCAGCUCAGACUGUUGCUCAGCCAGCCCAUUCAGCCCAUGAUGCCUGCGUCCUGUCAUGCAAGACACCCUUCAGACCUCAGCAUGGCGGGAUCCCAGGCUAAGUAUUCUCAAACACAACAAAUGUUUCAAAGUUUGGAAGUGCAGACUUCCAGCAGCGGCUCUCCGAUCGUGCUGAUGGGACAAGCAGUGUUAAACCAAGGGUUCGCCACUACGCCUCCUUCCCAGGCAUCCUCUCUGCCACCUAUGCAACUCCAGCACCAACAGCAUCAGCAACAACGCUACCUGCAGGUGCAAACACCAAGUUCUUUGCACAAUGAGCAACCCGGUUCUUUGCUCCUGCCAUCUUACUCGCCACAGCAAGGAAAUAUGGGGUAUCAUCAGACACAGCAGCAGCAGCAGCAGCAACUAACAUCAAGAAGAAGCAAUAGCUUAUCAGAAUCAUCGAAUUUACCACAGCCACUGCAAUAGAGUCCCACCAGCACAAUCAAUGCACGAUUAGCUUUAACCAAUGGGCACAUGAGGCAGAAGAGAAUGACUUUGUACUUACUGUUUUGGCUUUUGCACAAGCGUUUCUUUCAAAGCUCUAUGACAGAAGUACGGCACAGAGUGCAGACUGCCACAGACAGUGCAUUUACGGCAUGCUGGAUUCAGUUUGCACUGUCUUGUGAGCACAGUAUGUACUGACAGAGCAAAACAAAAAGGAACACUAUCCUGUGCAGCCUCCAUCGUCAAUGGGUGCACGGGAGGAGGUGUUCAGUCUCGGUGUGUCACUCUGAAAGCUAUCUGGCAGUUCCAAAAGACUGUCGACAGACUCAUAAGGUACUUGGCCUUCACUGUUUCAGUUCUUCUUUUGUGUAUGAAAAGCACUGCGUCAAAGGUCUAUUGCGGAGAGAACAAGAGAUUAUUUUUAUUAUGAUUAUUGUUAUUAUUUUGCACAACUGCACAGAGGACAAAACCUAGGCACUUUCUGUAAAGAGAAGUUUGUUUCCUUAUUCUUGUGGCCAAAUUAGCACAUCCAAUGGAGGAGAAAGCCCAGUCAUUGGUGAAGAUGGUCUACAGCUCAUAACCCUUCAUUUAGAAUCUGAAAGGUAUUAUGCAGCUUCCCCUAACUGCUCUUCAUUACUGAAAAACAAACAAGAAACCCCACAACCCACACUGGACUGUUUUCUAUUUGAAUUGUGAUUGCAAAGGAGAACUCAAAUUGUAAGCACAAUCAUGCAACUCUCCAAUAGUACGACAUGGAUCCUUCUUCAAACUAAACUCACCCACUGCAAGUCUCUGAGAAAUAUGCACUGUGUUUUGGCCCACUGACUUGGGAUGCUGCAGACUAUUACAUAUCUCUUUCAUUAUGACAUUUAGGAUUGAAUUUUCCUUUGGGGAGAAAAAAAAGAAAUGCACUUUUCGCUUUUUUUGUAUGUUUUCUGUUGAUAAGUUUCUAAGAAAGAUUUUAUGUAAUUAUUAAAUGAAAAGUAGUGUAUUGUACAGCUGUUGUAAUAAUGACCUAUUUCUAUAUAAAAUAAAAUUAUAUGGAAUUAUGUGGAAAUUAUUUUGUAUAUGAAAUAUCAACUCAUUUCACAAGUAUAAAGAUUGUGCUUGUGCUUUUUUGUGAGUGGAUAUUUUGUAAUAAACUAAUGAAUUAGAAA